UCGGCAAACUUUUGUAACCUUCAUUACCGAGUAAAUACCAGCUCUCAGCACUGCGCUCCGGAUCUGCUCCGCUUUGGAUUACAAAACCUGAGAGGAGAAGUCGGAAGAGAGACCCCCCUGGAUUAUUAUAGAGAAGCCAGGCUCGGCUAUGGGGACCUGGACAUGGCUCUUUAUCCUGGGACAGACAGUCGCUGCUAUCCUGCUGGUGCAGUCUGUGGAUGAAGCCAUUCCUAGACUCACCUUGCAAUAUGGUUCUCCAGACAGGAAAGUAAAGAGGUUUGAGGAAGAAGGAGUCAGCCAUUACACAACCCUACUGCUCAGUAAAGAUGGCAGCACCCUAUAUGUAGGGGCCAGGGAAGCCCUAUUCUCCCUCAGUAGUGCUAACUUUACCUCGCUGUCAAUGUUAACGUGGAAAGCAGAAGACAGUAAAAAGAAGGAAUGUACUUUCAAGGGAAAAGAUGCCCAGAGAGAUUGUCAGAACUAUAUUAAGAUCCUCCUGCAGGUGAACAGCACACACCUCUACACCUGUGGAACGUACGCCUUCAGCCCCAACUGCACCUACAUCAAAAUCGAUGAUUUUACUUUGGAAACAGAUUCAAAUGGUAAUCCUGUCAUGGAAGAUGGAAAGGGCCGAUGCCCGUUUGAUCCAGAGUAUAAGUCCUCAGCCAUAAUGGUUGAUGGGGACCUGUAUGGAGGCACUGUCAGUACCUUCCAAGGAAAUGAGCCCAUUAUCUACAAGAGUGAAGACAACAAGAUUACUCUGAAGACUGAGACCUCCUUGAACUGGCUCCAAGAUCCAGCUUUUGUUGGCUCAGCUCAUAUUCCAGAGAACCUUCCCGAAGGGAACCCCAUAGGUGACGAUGAUAAGAUUUAUUUCUUCUUUACGGAGACGGGAAAAGAGUUUGAUUUUUUUGAGAACCCUAUUGUGUCUCGGAUUGCUCGAGUAUGUAAGGGUGACCUUGGUGGCGAGCGUGUCCUACAGAAGAAGUGGACUACGUUCUUGAAGGCCCAGCUUCUAUGCACUCGCCCAGAAGAUGGUUUCCCGUUUAAUGUUUUGAAGGACAUGUUUGUUCUCACUCCAGGAGAGGAACAUUGGAAGAACACCAUGUUUUAUGGGGUCUUUACUUCGCAGUGGAACAAGGGAGGUGUUGGGAGUUCAGCUGUAUGUGCCUUUCCAAUGAGCGAUGUGCAGAAAGCGUUCAGUGGCCUCUACAAGGAAGUGAACCGCGAGUCUCAGCAGUGGAGUACAUACACCGAUUCUGUACCGGAACCACGACCUGGAGCUUGCAUUACUAAUAAAGCAAGAAACAUGAAAAUCAAUUCCUCCCUGCAAAUGCCGGACAGAGUACUGAACUUCAUCAAAGACCACUUCUUGAUGGACAGUCCUGUGCGGAGCCAGCCUCUGCUGCUGCAGUCACAGAUGAUCUACCAGCAGAUCAGCGUGCAGAGGGUCAAGGGGCUGAAGAAAACCUAUGAUGUCAUGUUCCUGGGGACAGAUGAUGGUCGGCUGCACAAAGCUGUCCAUGUGAAUAAGAAAGUCCACGUUAUUGAGGAAAUUAAACUGUUUCCAAGUGCAGAUCCAGUCCAGGAGCUACUGAUAGAUCACAGCAAGAACCUGGUUUACGCCUCGUCUCGUUCCAUGGUGGUACAAGUUCCAGUCUCAAACUGCAGUAUGUACAUGAGCUGUGGGGAAUGCAUCCUCUCUCGUGAUCCCUAUUGUGCAUGGAGCAAGAGAGGCUGUCGCAGCGUCCACCACCAUUCACAUGAUCCAAACAUCCAGCACUGGCUGCAAGAUAUUGAAAAUGCAGAUACUGAAAAACUUUGCCAGCAGACCAAUAGCUCAGCACCUUCAGGACGGGUUAUUGUAUCAAUUGAAGAGCCUGAGUGUAAGAAGAUUGUGCUAAAACCGAAUAAUGCUACUACUCUGCCUUGCAACUUGUUAUCCAACUUAGCCUCUCGUCAGUGGGUUCACAAUGAGAAACCUAUUGAUGCCUCAUAUUUUGUAUUCGAAACGGGAGACCUGAUUCUUGUGAACAGCCCUGAAAGACUGGGAACAUUUGAAUGCUGGUCAGUAGAAAAGGAUUUCAAAAAGCUGAUGGUAAAGUACUGUGUUCAAACAGACAGUACAAUAAAGACAACCACUCAAAGGACCCAAACAGAAAUGAUCUUUCACCACGUUAGUGCCAUUGACAAGGAUGUCAACUCCUCAAAAUAUCUUCUUUCCUCUUCCUCGGGGAGUAGCUCUGCCCAGCUAUUAGGGAAAUCUUACUGGAAUGAAUUUUUAAUAAUGACUAUACUUUUUGGAGUGGUAGUAGUCAUCAUGAUAUUUUGCCUUCUGUAUAAACAUCGCAGUGGAAUGAAAUCAAUUCUGAAACCAGUAGAAAAUUCCAACAAGAAGCCAAGUAAAAAUGCUGAAAAUGUUCCUCUAAAUGGGAACAGUGUUCCUAUCCCACAAGCUGACCAUAAAGGUUAUCAGACUCUAAAUGACAACUAUAUAAUCAGCACUCCUGUUCACGACUCUUUGAUUGCUAGUAAAAUAGUUUCAGAAUCAGAGAAAAGACCUCUGAAUGUCAAGGACACUCUUGUGGAGGUAUCUCCAACCUGCCCAAGACCAAGAGUACGACUGGGCUCAGAAAUAAGAGAUUCUGUGGUAUGAGAGACUAAAACAAAAGACAUUCCUGUAGCCACAAACCACUUAAGGGAUCACAGGCACCUGUUCAACAAGGCUUUGUGAUCCACAAGUAUUCUAUGUGUGUGCAUGCAACUUUAUGAUGAUGGUCAAAACUUGAUUGUCAACCCAGGCUACCUACAUAUGGAAAGCUUCACUGCAGAAAGUAUACAAGUGUACAUUGUGGAAAGACAGCACAUCAUCUUCUGUUACAAUCAUCAUCAUCAUGGUUUCUAGACACAGAAGGACAAUUGUGUUUAGAAGCAUGUGCACACUUGGCUUCCAGGUAGCACAUUUCCAUUUCAACACUCAUCUGAUAAGCCGUGUACAAGGACCAUCUUUGAGUAAUUUGCACAUGGUUAGUAGAAAGUUGGAGUACUAGUGUUAUUCCUCCACUAUGGCUGGUAUUGAGAAUCAGUUAUGGAGAAAAAGGAGAAAACCAAAUGUCAUUGGAGAUCCACAAGGCCUUGCCAUGUUUGAAGAUCACCAAGAACGUUGUACCUGUGAAUAUUUUGUAGAUCACUGAGCAUUUGGACUUUGUAAUUCUGGAAAACAAAUGGACAUGGUGUCAGUGUUGACAGGUUUUAUUUUUACGAGAAGCACAAUGAGUCUGGCACUAGCCAUGAAAACGGUGUUCAAAAAUAGUCGGGUACCUUGUCAACUGGUAGCAAUAUUCUACUGCAAAACGCCUCACAACAGAAGUGUAGGAAACCCUCCUGUUCGACGGAGGAAUUGUCAGAUAUUUGCCACAUCGUCCAAGCAAUCAUCAUCACGAGCACUUGUUGCACCUACUGCUGAUGAUCAUCCAUAUACUAGAUCCUCUGUUAAUAUUAAUUGUGUUUUUAUUAUGUUUUUUUAUUUUAUUUUUUUCAUUACCUUUUUGCUUUGUUAAAAAAAAUGUGAAACCAGGAAAUGGUGUUAUGGCACCAACAACCAGCUAUAAUCUGCCUAAAGUAUAAAAGGUACACACACGGAUUCUUUAAUUUAUCUGUUAGAAAUUACAACACAUAGGGUUUUUUUUUGUUUGGGGGAGGGGGGUGUAAAUACUGUGUAUUUGUCAUGGGUUUUUAUUUGCGUUUGUUUUCUGAGAACGUGUGUGUAAAUGGGAUGUUUUCUGUAUGCCAUUAUUCCAAGUGACCAGUAGGGAAACAGAAUUUCAUUCUUCGUGAAAUGUCUGAAUCUGGCCGGUCACACUUUUUCCAGUGCCUUCAUAAUGUGGGACUGUGUUGACAUACACAAGCUUGAAUGGUCAUGCAUCUUGGGCUCAUUGUGUCAUUGGUGUAACCUAUAAGAUGAAAGAGGUUAUGGAAGCUGUAGGCACACUCUUCCUUGGCUAACACAAGAUACUGAUUGUGGGGUGUCUGAGAGUAGAAUGCAAGCACAUGCUCUUCGCUCCUAGAGUGCCAUAAAUGUCUGCUCUGAGCAGUGUUUAAAAUACCAAAGUAGUUGGAGUACUAUUAGAUGUUGUAUAGACUUGCACAAAGUACUUUUGUGCAGAUAAGGCUGCGAGGAUCUCUAUGUAGGGUCAUCCAGGCAAGCAGCAUUUUUAUACACAAGGAGAGCUUCAAGCUCUCCACGAGAAUGGCACUAAAGGGCUGGGCUGUAGUCUAGCUACUUCUUUACAAAGCACACGUACCUCAGCUGUAAUCAAGCUCCAACUUUCCUAUUCAUGUUACAGAACAAUAGUCCAUAGACCUUUAUGGAAAUUUUCAUUUUAUGGAAGGAGCAUUGAUCAAUGUUGAUUUGGAUAAAACUUCUUUAAGUCUUUGAAUGUACAGUAUUGAGUCAGUAGCAUCUGAUCUAAAGCACAUUCCCACAUAAUACGACUCCCGUAGCCAAUUCUACAUGCAUAAAUCAGUGACUAUCUGUAGCAUGCAUGCUAAUUACCAGAUCUACAAUGCUGUGAACCAGCUGCUGCUCGACAGGGAUAUUUACCGGUACUACACUGAAUAUAGAAGACCACUAGGACUCUGACGUAAUUUUACCUGUGUUGCAAAACAAUAGAAACGCGCACCUUAUCACAACCCAUGCAUGGAAACGUCCCAUCUGUUGUAAAUAUACUGUAUAUGUGCCGCUUUUCUGUGCCAAAUGUUUUGUCAGUAGGUGGUGUUGGUGAGUCCUAUUGUACAGUCUGCUUCCCUCUGUUGAUUUGCAGUUUCUGGACAUUUUUUAUUACAGCACUUUAUUUUUAAUAAAAUGUGGAAUAUA